AUGGAACGCAAAGCCAGUGCUAAUGGUGGGAAUCGGUCGCGGUCUCGUUCUCGAAGUCAUUCUCCACGUCGCGUCAAGGUAACCUCACGCCGUGUCGUAAUUGCCAACAUCCCUUAUCACGUUACCUGGAACAAGUUGAAGCAAAUUUUCCGUGAUCAACUCGGAUUUACGGGCUAUUUGCGACUAAUGAAAUCUAAUGGUCGUCCAAACGGUAUGGGUCUGAUGGAAUUCAAGUCUAUUGAAGGCGCUGAAAAGGCUAUAGAAAAGAUGCAUCGUUUCGAGAUCGGUGACCGUCGUAUAAUUGUGCGAGAAGAGACUCUGCGUGAUCAGGAACGCAUGGCUAGCAUGGAAUUCGAUGGUCCAUCGAAUCCAACAAUGGACGUUGGAGGAGCAAUGAUACCGCCCAAUGCUGGACCCGGAAUGCCUCCACAGUCGCGUGGGAAUGCGGGUACCCCCGUUCCUGGUGUUGCGAAUUUGACACCCACCGUGCUGGAAGGAAUGGGCGUACGAGGGCCUAUCACUGAUUCGUUGUACAUAAGUAAUCUUGACUAUGCAGUGGACUGGAGAAAAAUCAAGGACAUCUUCAAAAUUGCGGGAAGAGUGAUUCAUGCUAGCGUUAAGCAGGACGAUGAGGGUCGUUCAAAGGGUGUUGCCGUAGUAAGAUUCGAACAUCCUUAUGAGGCGCUUCUGGCUUGGUCGAUGUUUAAUGGACAGACUAUUAAUGAUCGUCCAAUCCGUGUGAAAAUAGAUCGCGACGGCAGUCACGCUCCACCUCAUCUUCCAAUCUUCCCUCCCACUCCGCAGGGUGCUGCCGCAGUUGCUAGUUUCAUGGCUCACUUUAACAGCAACAACAACAAUAGUAAUAACAACAAUAAUAUUGGUGGUGGUAAUCCUGGUAUUUCUUAUGGAGGUGGUGGUGGUGCUUUCAUGCCCCCACCUCCGCCUCCUCCUCCACCGCAUCAACAAUCCCAACUGCAGCCACCAUCACACCAACCUCCUCCUCAAUCUCAGCAACCGCAGCAAGCAUCGGGAGCGGCUCCAUCGAUUGCCGCCGCGAUGGCUGCAUUGAUUGGUGGAGGUGGUGCCGGGGGUGGGAUGGGACCUGGAAGAGGUAUGCCUCCACCACCUCCUCAAGAAAUCAUUGGGAGCCUUUUGGGUGCCGCUUCUGCUGGUGGUGGCGCUGGUGGCGGUGGUGGUAGUUUUCAGCCUAUGGCUGGGGGCACGGCUGGUGGAAUGAACCAGUUGGGUCAGAUAAUGGGAGGCUACAAUAGCACCGGUGACCGCUCGCGCGACCCUAAUGCAACCAUUCAACAGCUGCUAAUGGCGGCCGCUGCUGGUGGAAUGUCACAAGACCAAAUCGCUCAAGCUAUCUCUGCUCUUGGUCUCAAUAGAGAUGCACUUGGAAUCCCUCCUUAUUCUGGUAUGGGCGGGAUGGUCAAUUCUCAAGUUACGAACGGAGACCCCUAUGGUGGUGAACGUGGCGCUGUAGACAUGCAGUCUCGCCGUCCACCUAACUACGACUCGAGAUCUCGUUUUCGUGGUGAUGUGGGCGGUUCACGUGGUUAUCGUCACCAGCAAAUGGCUGGUGGCGGGGAUGUCUCUCGACAACCUGGUUCUCGCGGUGCUGGGAGUCUGAGUCGACCGGAAGCUGAUCGCAUGUAUAUAAGACGGGUGAGCUCACUACUGCGCUCUAAGUAG